GAACGAGUGAUGUAUUGCAAUGAGUAGUGAAUGCAAGUGCUGUACAACUCAUUGCAAACGUCACACAAAAGUGUUGUUUUUCGGUACGAAUGCAACAAAUGUUUGGUUUGUUGUCUUCAUUUCAAUCACUUGUCAUUUGAUUUGACUCUAGUAUUGAUAUUAAGAGUAAUAUUAAGACAUUUCAUCGCAAACCAUAUAAUGAUGGGUCAGAAGCCUUCAUCGAUGUCUUCGCCAUCAAGUCCUGAGCAUAUCAUAUAUGACUUCGAGAGAGACAUCACUGUUACGAGACAUCAACGAUUCAAGCAUCCGAGCGCCGCCUUCUUCCACAUCAUAUUCAAAGUGUCAUCGAUUGUCACCUAUUUGUUCGGCGGUCUCUUCGGACAGGACUUUCUGUCGAUAUUUGUUUUGCUAAUUAUGUUGAUUUCGAUGGACUUCUGGACCGUGAAGAACGUGACGGGAAGACUAUUAGUGGGUCUUCGGUGGUGGAACCGUAUCGAUGACGACGGCAACAGUCAGUGGCUCUUUGAAAACAAAUACAGAAAAGACAACACAAGUGACGAUUCAAUCAAAGACGUGAAUCAAGUGUCGGACAAUACGGCCGACUCGACCAUCUUCUGGACGGCGCUAAUAGUAUCGCCGAUUCUGUGGUUUAUCUUACUUUUGGUCACUAUUUUUCGGCUCAAUGUCCAGUGGUUUAUGGUGGUGUCUUUGGCUCUAGUGUUGAGCGCAUCCAACCUUUACGGCUAUAUUCGGUGCAAAUUAGGGGGAAAUUUCAAAUCAGUGUUAACCCAAUACGUGGGAAAACAGAUAUUUUAUAACUUUAUGUCUUCAUCUAAUGCUAAGACAACUCAGAAUAUAGCCGGAUAUCCGAGUGCUUGAGGACUAUCUGCCUAUCAUUAAUGCCUAACAUUCCAGAGGUUUAGACUAAAGGCUUUGCGGAUAUCUUCAUAACUAGUCGUUAAUACUUUGAGUGAACUCUCAAUAUCUUCAGCCGUGAAGUGCGGGAAAUAUUGUUUAACUAAUUUAUAAUCUUGUAAUCCAUGUCUUGUAAAUAAAGCUUGUAAUUGAUCCGUAAGACAGCCCGGAAUUAAUAGAUACAUA